CGUGUGGGGCGGGCCAGGAGCAGGAGAGGCCUUCCUCUCUUUGUGCUCCCCCCUCCUCGCUUCCCCCCUGGGCCCUAUAAAUAGGCCCAGCCCGGGCUGUGGCUCAGCUCUUGGAGGGAGUCAGGCACCAGGCAGCCGUCUCAAGCCAAGCCCCCUGCCAGCAUGGCCAGCGAGUUCAAGAAGAAGCUUUUUUGGAGGGGAGUGGUGGCCGAGUUUCUGGCCAUGAUCCUCUUCGUCUUCAUCAGCAUCGGCUCAGCCCUGGGCUUCCAGUACCCAGUGAAGAACAACCAGACGGCAGGUGCGUCCCAGGAUAACGUGAAGGUGUCACUGGCCUUCGGGCUGAGCAUCGCCACGCUGGCCCAGAGUGUGGGCCACAUCAGCGGUGCCCACCUCAACCCUGCCGUCACGCUGGGGCUGCUGCUCAGCUGCCAGAUCAGCAUCCUCAGGGCCCUCAUGUACAUCAUCGCCCAGUGCGUAGGGGCCAUUGUGGGCACCGCCAUCCUCUCGGGCAUCACCUCCGCCCUGCCUGAAAACUCACUCGGCCGGAACGAGUUGGCUCCCGGUGUGAACUCUGGCCAAGGUCUGGGCAUCGAGAUCAUUGGCACCCUGCAGCUGGUGCUGUGUGUGCUGGCCACCACCGACCGCAGGCGGCGGGACCUCGGGGGCUCGGGCCCCCUCGCUAUUGGCUUCUCUGUGGCCCUGGGCCACCUGCUGGCGAUUGACUACACUGGCUGCGGUAUUAACCCUGCACGGUCCUUUGGCUCCUCAGUGAUCACUCACAACUUCAAGGACCACUGGGUUUUCUGGGUGGGGCCAUUCAUCGGGGGAGCCCUGGCCGUGCUCAUCUACGACUUCAUCCUGGCCCCGCGCAGCAGCGACCUCACAGAUCGGAUGAAGGUGUGGACCAGCGGCCAGGUGGAGGAAUACGACUUGGAUGCCGAUGAAGUCAACUCCAGGGUGGAGAUGAAGCCCAAAUAGAUGAGGGCUUGGCCCUGGGCAUCGACGUGGGGGGUGGGGGGCAGGGGCGGGCAGAGGUGGGGAGGGGUGAAAUCCAUAUUGUAGACACUCUGACAAGCUGGCCAAAGUCACUUCCCAAAGAUCCGCAGGACCUGUGAGGUCAAGCCUGAUUUGGGACUAUUUCUAUCACUUUCUUUCUCUUUCUCUGUUUCCUGGCCUUAGGGCUUCCUGGGGACCAAGAUUUACCGAUCACCCACUCCCUUGAAGACACAGAGGAGGUGAAAGAGAGGGACCCACCCUGCUAAGUUGUCCCCUCAGAGUGUGACGGGAGCUAUGCCAGAAAGUCCCCCCUCAUCCCAAAGUUGCUCACCAACUCACCUGCCACAGGUGCCUGGGGUUCCACCAUUAUUGCUUUGUGCCCAUGGGUGUGACACCCCCUCUUUCUAAUAACAUGCACUUUGCCCUUGCCCUUCAGGGCACUUUGAGGGGAAGAGACUCCAAGCCUGCCGUGAUAAGGCAAGUGACAGAUAAGAUUCAGCCUUGCAGUUUGGGCUGCUUCUGGGCAGCCCCACCUUGGACUUGUUCAUGGUCUUGGGCUGCCCAUCCUUCUGGCCUUAGUGCCCCCCAUCCAUAAGGAGACAGGGAUAGGGGAAAGCUGGAGGCCCCUCUCUAGGAUUCUGUGAGCUAGCCACACCUUGGGUUCUGGAAGAUAUGCACCUGACCAGUGCUGCUGCUUCCAGCUGGCCGGGUUUUCCCCAGGUACACGACUGUACCUGUGCAUACACACGAAUGCAGCGCACACGUUACAAAGCAGAGAGCAACAGUCCAGUCAUUGAAAUUUCCCAAACCUGGGGUGCAGGGCUGAUCCCUGUGCAGUGUCUUUGCCAACUGGGGUCUGCUGUUGCAGAAUGAAGGUUAUUUGGAGAGUGAGGAAGGUGUACCCUGUUGCUUUAUUCACUUCUGUUUAGUCUUUUCCUCCUAUCACUGCAUUAUCUUGCUCGUUCCUCAGUCUGCCACUUCCUCCUGCUCAUGCAGACACAGGUCACCAUGAUCCAGGGGUGUGUUUAUUAAGGGCAGUUAGUUGUCUGAAGCCCAGACCUGAAGACAAGUGGUUCUGUUGCAGCGUGGCCUGGGGAAGUGGACACACUUGCUGGACACCUUGGGAGAUUUCCCCCACUAAUCCAAGGGGGGAGAAUAAGCAGAUUUCACCCCUUAUUCCUGAGGACAUAGCCUUUCCUCAUUUACCUGGAACAGUUCACCUUGACCUGUGAGGUAGCUACUGCUGUGUCCCAAGGGCAGUUCGGAGCAGAGUCUGCUUGGAGGUUGUUAUCUACAGAGCCUGUCAAUUCUACCAUGGCUGGUGCAGGUAUCUCUGGACUCAGACCCACCAUGGUGAGGAAAACUGGGAAAAUCUAAAGGCAAUGAGGCGGUCAGGAGGUUCUUGCCUGUCAGUGGCCCAUCACAGCCUCACAGUCCCUUCUCCAUUCUCUACCAGGGACUUCUAGUCCACUUAUAGAUAAGGAAACUGAGGCCAACGGUCCCAGAGUUAGGUGAUGAUGUGGCCGGGACUCGUGGCCAAAGUCACGUCUCUGACUACACCCUGGAUUGUGAGACUGACUCCUCAUUCCCAACUUCUGAGUGUUUUGCCAGGGCAGUGACCAGGGACCAGGAGGGGUCAGGGUCUUGCUGGAGGGAGGGGUGCAGUCCACUCCCCGCCCCAUGCUGGCUGCUGUGUACCAGGACCCUGCUUCUCUCUGCUCUGCAUAUAUGUCUGUUUUGGCAUUGGAAUUUCAUUAUACGUUAAUAAAUAAAGGAAAAUAGCAUGUAAAGUCA